UAGUUUACGAGGGAUUCCGAGUGUCCUCGAAAACGAGCUUGCGUUGGAAUCGACAUUCAUAAACAAAUGCUGUGUUCGUUCGCAUAUUGCACAUAUUUUCGGUCUCUCUCUCUCUCUCUCUCUCACUCUGUCCUGGGAUAAAAUAAGCAUAAACUUAGAACGUCUUUGUGAGAUCUGGAGGGUAGCAAAAGUGUGGGAAACGGGACAGAAAUUGUCUGACAAAUUUAUCAGUCGCUCGCCACACGCGCGUUUGAACGCGGUAUUUCGAAAAAAACUUUCAAAUACAAAAAGCUUUUUGUUUCUUUACCUGCUGGAUUACUCAAUCUUUCAUACUUUCUGGUACUUGGAAGAUGCGAUUGGUUGAUUAAUUACGUUGCGUCGUCGAGUCAUGAUUCAUUUUAAAUGCGAUUGUAUGUACCCGUGAAUUCGAGAAAUUUUUUGUUUUCGGAAAUAUAUAUAUAUAUAUAUAUUUCCUGAAAAUGAUGCAUCUUAUUCGUAUCGAAUUUCCAUUACUGUGACAAAGUUGAUAUUAACAAAACAACGCAUUUAAUUAUCAUCCCGUGGAAUCGAGAGUCUCUGAUCCGUUAAUUUUCCAAUAAAAAAAAGUGCUUUUUCUUUUGGAGAAAAUAUAGCAACGCGAUGCAGCGAGUGUUGAGUUUUCAAAUGGCUCGGGGUUUCAGCGAAUCGAGCGAAUUCGUAACAAAACGUAUGUGCUGCUCAUUUUUAUUUUCCGUUGGUUUUUUAUGUCUCCUGUGUGGUUUUUUAACCGGCCGUUUCGCUGCUGGACGCGCUGUCGAUUCAAGAGCCGAGAAAACGAGACUUCAGCUUGCCGGAAAUGGACUUGAGAACAGCGAAUACCUUCGAGAAUUUCUCGUUGAAAAAAUCCAUGAAAGCUCGUUCACCAGAAACUAUUCCAUCGCUCCUUCGGAUGAGCAAGACUUUCAAAGGAUCAGAGAUGACCUUUGGGAUCUCCAAUAUUUCAAUCGUAUCGACGAGACCGACGAAUCCUGCAUCGAGGCGAUCCUUCGCGGUUCACAUGAAUCUGAUAGACACGUGGUGUUAUCGGGUUCCGGUGAAGCAGGAGUCUCAAUCAUCGUACAAUUGUCAAAAGCCCUAAAGUCCUUAAAAGAGGAUUAUGACUGGAAUCCCCGUCGAACGAUCAAGUUAAUUAUAUCGCUCGGAUCUAACGAUACUUGUCGUCAUACCUUAUUAGCCAAUGAAUACGAGCGUGUCAAAGUAGUUUCUUACAUAGAGCUCGAUGCAGUGUCAAUAUCAGAAAGCGGAUACUUUGUUACAACCGGUUCGGACAUUGUUCGGUCUAUUAUAAUGCAAGCGGCAAAGGAAUUCAGGAAUCCAAACGGCAAAGAUCCAACCUCAACGGAAGCAUGUCGAGAAAUCAUUUGUUCAGGAUUUCGUCCACGUUUGAGACUCGAUGUACCGAAUGCAGUUAUAAACUUCGUGAGCUCUGAAAACUUACCGAACGACGAUAACAGUACAAAUUCAAUGAAAAAUGACAAUCGUCGAGCUAUAUGUGCAAUAAUCGGCACGAGUGUCUGGCGAUUAUCGGAAAUGAUACUUUUCAAGUGGGAUCCCAUUGAAGAUAACAAGCUUCUUAUUGCGGUUCUCCAAUCCUUUAAUUCCUCCGAGAAUUUGGGCGAUACCAUAGCGAACGCGGUCGAUGAAAUUGAGAAAAACACCCGCAAUAUCGCGGUAUUGAAUAGAAAAAUCGAUGAAAUGGAUACCACGUUAUCGUUGAAAGUUCGUAUGACCAAUGAUUUGUCUAUACAAGUCCGACGUUUGUUGAUUUGUAACGACGAAAAUUCAUGGUCGAGAAGUGAUUUGCUAAUGCUCGAAAAAUUGAUGAAUGAAUCAACGAGUAUGAUCAACAAGUAUCUUCGUGCAUUGACCUCGUGUUACAGAACUGCGAACCAACUUUUGCAACAAGACUUUUCGUGACGUUCCAAUAAUGGAUUAUACAAAAAAUCCUUUAUUAUAUUCCAUCGGUUGAAGUUCAUUGUUAAACAAAAUGAAAAUAAAAACCCCUGUUCGAUUCGAGCGCUUCUAUAUAUCGAAA